AUGCUGAGCAGAAUCUCGUAUAGUCGAUGCCUGCCAAGUUGUUCAACUUCCAACUUAGUCCUGUCCUCUUUCGAAAUUAAAAAAGGUCCACCACAGGUUCUUUUGCAACAAGAAAGUUUCAAGAAACGGAUCAUUCUCAGGUAGUCUCCCGCCGAAGUAUAAGCGGCUUGCCUCCAGCAAUCGCCCCGGCCUUUCAAUAUGCUUCGGAUUGCUAUAUCACUCAAGGGAUUCAGUUGGCAAUGGAAGGUUUAUAAGUUUUAAUGGAAGAUAAUAAGCAAAUACUUCUGGCGAAAUUUCUAUAGGAAGCUCAAUUUUUCAUCAUCGAAUACCAAUUAUUUGAAGGUCUUCACACAACGGGAAUGACUUGGCCGACGGUUUUUGUUUCCGCUGCUCUUUUACUUCGAAUUGGAACCUCGCCGUUGCACAUUUACGCCGAGAAAUUAUUUGCCAAAAGACUUCACGCACAAAAUUUCCUAACCCAGAACGUUCUAAAGGUUUUUUUCUAUUGUUCUAGAAGUAUCCUUGAUGUAAUCUCAUUUAGAAAGUUUCUGACAAGUACAAAGUUCCCCUGGAGCCGGAUCACAAGAACAAGAAGCUCAAGCUUGAAACAAACGACAAAAGAAUUUUGACUAUUGCUGAUGAGGCGGUGAGUUUUGUUUGAAUAUUGUUGUCAUAAUUCAAACCUUCCUUUAUGAAAUCCAAGUUUGCAAAGACGGCAGCUGUAAAUAUUUUUUUCAUUUGGGUAAAGAAGAAAUGAUAAAUAUGUAUAAUAAUUAAAAAAACCUUUUUUUCAAAUGUAUGAGGGUAUUUGAGGAAUUUGAUUUUUCACGGUUAUUCCAUUUGAAAAAAAGAAAUUCAUAAAACUUCAAAUCCUUUUUUUGCGAAAGGUGUUCGUUAUUUAAAAAUUAUACUAUUCAAAUUCACCGUUUAAGUUUUUUUCGAAUACCUGUCGAAAGGUUAUUUUUUUCGUAUUCUUGGAAGAUUUCAUUUAAUAAAUUAUUUUUAUCAGCUUGCCCACGUUCCGGUGAUGCUUUCGGAGCACGGUCUCCAAGCGGCGCGAAUUCAAAAUUUGAAAAUGUGCACGAUUCCUGUUUGGAUAUUCUCCUCCUUCGCUUUGAGAAACAUUAUAAGUUGUGAGUUUUUGUUCAUCUCAAUCAAAAAAGUAUGAUAAUCAUUCGUUCAGCUGAUUUCCACCCGUCUGUGACUGGGGCUCUAUGGAUCCCUGAUAUGUUAUCACCGGAUCCGUAUUUCAUCCUCCCGAUUACUGUUGGACUGUUCAGUUUUCUCAAUUUAUAUGUAAGUUACAGAAUGAAGCUUUUGUAAAUAAAAAUCACUUGCUAGUUUUUUUUCAAAUAAUUGCGUUCAGUCCCAAAGAAAAAUCUAUCCUGGCGUUGGAAAAACAACGCUUCAACAAAAAUCCUACGAUGCGAUUCUCGGAUUUUUCACGCUUUUUGCCGUGACAAUCAUGUCACAACUACCAGCGGUACCUUUUUUUCUGAAUUUCUUUGCCUAAUCAAGUCUUUUUUUUUACAGUGUAUUCCAUUGUAUUGGCUGGCUGUCUCAACGUCGGGAAUGGCACAGGCGCAGUUACUGCGACAUCCGAAAGUCAAGGUAAGAAAACAUUGAAAAAGCUAUUUUUAUUUGAUUUCGGGUUUUUGACGUUUUCCUUUUUUUAAGGUUUGCAGAGACUGAAACUUUUUUUUCAAGUUUGAACCACGCGACAGUUUCUUUCUUUUUCCCACGCAGUAUAUUUCAAAAUUCAUGCACCUCUAGUUUUUUUAUGCAGUUUUCGAUUUGAACGAAUGAAAUUUAUUUUGAUCAGCUUUUUAUCAUAGGCCCAUAACCUUUCAAGCUUUUCUUUUUGAGUAGAGCACAUUUGGACAAAAAAAAACUGCCGUUUUCUUACAGGGACUUUUUGGGAUCCAAAGGCUGCCGACCGAUUCAAGGACACCGAUUAGGGACCUGUUUCUCAUGAGAAAAGCCACUUAA